AUGGCAACCAAGAUAUACAGAUCGAAAGAUCCCGACGUUGCCGUGCCCGAGGACCUCAGCUUGACGGAACUCCUCCAUCGCAGCGCUCGAUCUCCCCCUCUACCCUCUGACCAAGUCAUCGCGCAGGACGAUGUAGAAAAUCGCACCCUAACUAUAGGUCAGCUACGUUCGAAUGCUGGAAGACUUGCCAAAGGCCUGACACAACAGUACAGUCCGGGUGAUCAAAGUCGAUGGGCCGUUAUCCUACCAAACAGUGUUGCCUACAUCGAAGCUGUCCAUGCAGUUCUGUGGCUCGGGGGCGUCUUUUGCCCCAUAAAUCAUUUGCUGAAACCGGGCGAGAUUGCGCAUGCCCUAACAGUGUCCAAGCCGAAAUUUGUGAUAGUAUAUUCCAAGGUUUGGGCAACGGUGAAAGAGGCUAUCGAACUUGCCCAAGACAAAUGCCCCGAAUUGAAGGAUCUAGAAGUCUUGACUGCCAUCGGUGCACCGACCAAGGGAUUCCGACACCUCCAUGCAGAUCUCCUGGCGUCUGAGGAGUUGUCUGUACCUCACUAUUCGGAUACUAGGAAGCGGCUGGCAUCGAUACACCUCUCAUCAGGCACCACGGGCAAUCCCAAAGGGGUCGGGCUUUCGCACUACAAUUACAUAGCCAACGUGUUACAAAUGUGGGCACACGAUCCGGAUCAUUGGUCCCCGGACGAGAAGAUUGUGUCGUAUACGCCAUUUGUGCAUAUCGCUAAUACAACGAUACCUUUGUUCCUUGGACCAUGGACCGGCAUGUUGCACAUUAUAAUGGAAUCCUUUGAGAUCGAGUUGUAUGCCAAAACCAUCCAACGGACGAGAGCCACAGCGGCACAGGUGUCGCCAACGACCGCGUUGACCAUAGCCACCACUGAUCUGGUCUCAAGAUAUGACUUUUCCACCAUCAGACACAUGACUUGCGGUCCACUUCCCCUCAGUCAAGAUGAUUAUCAAGAGUUCCUGCGACGUGGCAAAUGGAAGACAGUAGCGCUUUACGGCAUGACAGAGGCCGCUCCGUACGUGACGUGGCAGAAGAUUAGAGACGUCAUGCCCCUGGGGAAGAGUGGCACGCUGUUGCCCAAUAUUCUGGCAUCGUUGCGUCUUGAAAACGGCGCAGAUGCCCCUGAAGGAGGGCCGGGUGAGUUGUGGUUGAAAGGACCCAAUAUGACGGCAGGGUAUGUCGAAAAUCCUGCUGCCAACGAGACCGCCUUUGAUCGUGAUGGAUGGUACAAUACGGGCGACGUGUGUACCAUUUCCCCGGAAGGCCAUCUACAGGUUGUGGGCCGGACAAAGGAGUUGAUCAAAUACAAUGGCUUCCAGGUGUCUCCGACCGAGCUGGAGGCGUACAUGCUCUCUCACCCUGCCGUUCUGGAUGCUGCGGUGGGAGGAGUGUGGGAUCAGACUAAGAUGACCGAGUUGCCCACGGCGUACGUGGUGCUCAGAGAACACGUCAAAGAGCGAAAAGACAAGAUUCAAGCGCUCAAGAACAUUCAGCAAACCGUCGAUGGGCAGGUGGCAGGAUACAAGAAGUUGAGGGGACACGUCUGGGAGGUGACAUCCCUACCGAGAAACGCGACCUUCAAACUCUUGCGGAAGCAGCUGGCAACGCACAAGACAGGACUCUGCUCUAGUGAAGGUGAAGCCAGGCUGUCCAAGCUGUAG